UGAGCUCUGCUCUAUUUAAGGCUUGUAAUACUGUUGCUCUCUCCAUCGAAGUAAUCAUCCAGAAGAGAAGCUCUUUGAUCUCAUCUCUUUCGAGUUUCAGCCACUCUUGUUGCCAUUCCCCAUGGCCUUCAAAGCCGUGCUCUUCUUGGUGGCCACUUUCAUGUUGAUAACCACAAGGGUUUCAUCCAGUGAUGAGGAACUCAAGAUGAAGGCUCCGUCUCCACCGUAUGCCAAGGUCCCAGUGCCAGCUCCUGCUCCGGCCAAAGUGCCAUCUCCUCCAUCGAAGACGACACCACCACCAGCGAAGACUCCCACAUCCGCACCUUUACCUCCAGUGAAGUCCAAAGCAGACUGCAUCCCGCUCUGCGACCAGAGGUGCAAGCUCCACUCCAGGAAGAGGCUGUGCAUGCGGGCGUGCAUGACGUGCUGCGACCGGUGCAAGUGCGUGCCCCCGGGGACGUACGGGAACCAGGAGAUGUGCGGCAAGUGCUACACCGACAUGACCACCCACGGCAACAGAGUCAAGUGCCCGUGAAGUGCUCGACCCUUUUCCUCCCUCAGCUGCUGCUACAUCUCGCGACUCUCGUAAUAAAAGUUUUGAAUACAGGGGCGGGGAAAAACCAAUGGUUUUCCGCUUGAGAAUUUGCUGAACUUCUGCUGAAUGCCAAGAAGGCUUGCCUGCGUGAUUCUGUAAUCUGGGUUGUUUCACUUUCUAUGAAAUCACCAAUCUUUCAUCUCG